UAUUGUACUUCCGGGUGCACGUGAAUGGAGUGUCUUUUGGACUUUAAUUGGGUCCAUUCAUGUUGUUUUGCUUCAUGAACUGAUCGAAUAUUUAGCUUUGCAGGAAUUCACUUACCAUGUAUCAUCAACCCGUGCUAAAGAAUCGGAGGACGCUCCUUGAGCGCGCAGAAAAGUUCAUAUCUGACAUUUAUUUCACGGACUGCAAUCUUAGAGGAAGGCUUUACGGAGACACCUAUCCGCUAGAGUCUCUCUCUGCCUUCCUGUCUUCAAAGCGCAUUCCCUUCUCAGAGGCUAUCAAACAAACCUUCCAAGCACAUACUGUUGGAGACAGCUUUGGACCCACGUGGUGGACAUGCUGGUUCAAGGUGUCUCUGAAGAUCCCCGACUCAUGGAGAGGGAAGGAAGUGCACCUCAGGUGGGAGAGCGAUGGAGAGGCGAUGGUCUGGAGGGAUGGAGAGCCAGUUCAGGGACUGACAAAAGAGGGGGAGAAGACAUCCUACAUACUGUCCGAGUGUCUCCAGGACAAUGAGUCCCACAGCAUCACUCUCUACGUGGAGCUGGCCUGCAAUGGUCUCUUUGGGGCUGGUCAGGGGUCCAUGAUCGCUGCUCCAGACCCCAACAGGAAGUUCUCUUUGCAGAAGGCAGAGCUAGUUGUGUUCAACCGCGAUGUCAGGGAGCUCCUGACAGACUUUGAGAUGCUGGUGGACAUUGUUAAGUUGCUUGGUGAGGGGGAUCAGCGAGGGUUCCAGGCUUUGUUCACAGCCAAUGAGAUGGUCAAUCUCUGCGAUCCAGCCAAUCCCAGCACUUUUUCUGCAUCCCGGAACCUGGCCCAGAAAUUCUUUAAGCAGAGAAACGGGGAGAGUCAGCACAUCGUCCAUGCCAUGGGCCACUGCCACAUCGAUUCAGCUUGGCUAUGGCCCUAUGAGGAGACCAUCAGGAAGUGUGGUCGCAGCUGGGUCACUGUGAUUCGCCUGAUGGAGAAGAACCCUGACUUUACCUUCACCUGUUCCCAGGCUCAGCAGUUUCAUUGGGUGAAGGAGUGGUAUCCAGGCCUGUACUCCCAGAUCAAGAGCUUUGUUCAAAAGGGCCAGUUUAUCCCAGUGGGCGGAACGUGGGUCGAGAUGGAUGGGAACUUGCCAUCUGGUGAAUCCAUGGUCAGACAGUUUCUGGAAGGCCAGAACUUCUUUAAGGCAGAAUUUGGAAACUACUGCAAAGAGUUCUGGUUACCGGACACGUUUGGCUACUCCGCCCAGCUGCCCCAGAUGAUGCAGGGCUCUGGGAUCACCCGUUUCCUGACGCAGAAGCUCAGCUGGAACCUGGUCAACACCUUUCCUCACAACACCUUCUUCUGGGAGGGUAUAGAUGGCUCACAGGUUCUCACUCACUUCCCACCUGGGAACUCCUAUGAGAUGAAGGGCAAGGUGGAGGAUCUGGUGAACACGUUGAAGAACAACAAGGACAAAGGGAGAGCCAAUCACAGUGCAGCGCUGUUUGGUUUUGGAGACGGAGGGGGCGGUCCAACCCAACUUAUGCUGGACAGAUUGGAACGUGUACGAGACACAGAUGGACUGCCCAAGGUUCAGAUGUCUAGCCCAGACGGCCUCUUCUCAGCACUACGGUCUGACUCAGGACUCCUAUGUACAUGGACCGGAGAGCUCUUCCUGGAACUGCACAACGGCACCUACACCACCCAGGCAAAGAUCAAGCAGGGUAACCGCCAGAGUGAGGCUCUGCUCCAUGAUGUUGAGGUGGCCAGCUCUCUGGCCAUGUGUCACAAUAAGGCCUUCUCCUACCCCACAGCCAAACUACAGGAGAUCUGGAGGUUGCUCCUUCUCAACCAGUUCCAUGACGUGCUUCCUGGCAGUUGCACAGAGAUGGUGGUAGAUGAUGCUCUUGAAUAUUACAAGGAGGUCCACUCUACUGGUUCCAGGCUGCUGCAGGAGGCCUGUGGGGCCCUGAUUUCGGGUGACCGGGCAGGUGCCCGUACCGCAGUGUUGAACACGUUGGCUUGGGAGCGCACUGAGGUUGUGCCCCUGACAGAAAACACCACGCCAUCAAAGCUAGCUCUAGUUAAAGUGCCCAGUGUGGGCUUGGCUGCAGUUCAGGAGUUUGCCAAGCCUAGUUGUCCAGUAACGGUUACAGCACAGGCUAACGGUACAGUUCUGAUGGAGAAUGGUAUUUUGCGUGCUGUUCUGGACCAGAAGGGCGGUUUGCUUUCUCUGAGUCUUCUGAACACAAAUAGGGAAGCUAUUGCUGACGGUUGCCUCGGAAACCAAUUUGUGGUGUUUGAUGAUGUGCCUCUGUACUGGGAUGCCUGGGAUGUGAUGGACUACCACCUCCAGACCAGGAGGCCAGUGGUGGACGUGGUUAAGCCGGCCGCAGUGUUGAGCUCAGGGGGUCUGCGAGGCAGCGUCUCCUUCUCUGUGAGGGUCAGCGACCGCAGCUCCAUCACUCAGGAGGUCAUACUGGAUGCUGAAUGCCCCUACCUCAAGUUCAGCACUCAGGUGGAGUGGGCAGAGAGCCAUAAGUUUCUCAAAGUGGAAUUCCCAGUGCGGGUGCGCAGCCCCAACGCCACCUAUGAGAUCCAGUUUGGCCACCUGCAAAGGCCCACCCACAGGAACACCUCGUGGGACUGGGCCCGCUUUGAGGUGUGGGGCCACAAAUGGGCUGACUUGUCAGAGCAUGGCUUUGGAGUCGCUGUGCUGAACGACUGCAAAUACGGCUACUCCUGUGACCAGAACACGCUCACCCUGUCCUUACUCCGAGCGCCCAAAGCUCCAGAUCUCCACGCUGACAUGGGCAGUCACACGUUCACAUACGCACUCAUGCCUCACAUGGGGUGUUUUCAGGAAGCAUCCGUCAUUCAGUGCGCCUAUAACCUCAACUCUCCCCUUGUGCUGGUGCCAAAAGCUUCUGACCUUCAACCCUGGAGCGCAUUCUCAGUCAGUGGUGAUGGGGUCAUCCUUGAAACCAUCAAACAGGCGGAGACCCAAAAGAACGGCUUGAUUGUCCGGCUGUAUGAGGCGCAUGGGGGCAGUGGCUCUGUGACUCUGUCCACCUCCCUAGCCCUGCGUGAGGCUUGGCACUGUGAUCUUCUGGAGCGGACUGACCCUAAGCACAGAGUGGCCAUUAUGCCAUCUGGAAUCGCUCUGGAAUUCGGUCCUUUCCAGAUCCGGUCCCUCCUGCUGAUCCUUCAGUGAAUGCUACUCUCUCUCUCUCUCUCUCUCUCUCUCUUUUUCAGUGAAUGCUACUCUCUCUCUCUCCCUCUCUCUCUUCUAUUCCUGCUGUCCAGCACACCAACUCAUUUAACUUCCUCCUAAUUAACGUGUUAAGCUCUCAUGUGCCCAUCAUGAUUGGCUGUGUUUGUGAAAAUAGUUUUGUACAAUAAAGUGCACUUUUGUAAUGGA